CGUCACUUCCGCUUACAUUCGCAUGAAAAACAUAGCAAACGCUGAAAUUUAUUUCGUAUUAAGCGCUAUUUCCAGUCUGUAGUCUUGUGCGUCCAUCAGUAUUGAAUUGCAGAGACGCGCUUUCUAAAGCACGGCUGUAUCAAUAGCCUCAGUAAUGAAGGGCCCAAGUGCAGAUACUGAGGUGAUCGAGGAAGCACCUGCUGACCCUAACAAUGAAGAACUUCCACCUUACCUGCGUGAAGAGCCACCUGAGGACUUGGAGAAAGACCACCCUAAGAAUGAAGCAGGCGUGGUGUGGAGAGUGACAGGUGGGCUGUUCAACCUCACCAGAGGAGCGGUGGGCGCCACCCUCGGAGGAGUGGCCUGGGUAGGCAGCAAGAGCUUUGAGCUGACCAAGACUGCAGUGACGAGCGUUCCCGCAGCCGGAGUGGGAUUGGUCAAAGGCGGCGUCUCUGUGGUAACGGGAGGGGUCGGGGCAGUGGGGUCUGCAGUAGCCGGUAAAGUUACACCAAAGAAAAAAGACAAGUCGGAUUAGACUGGCUGACUCGCUCCCACCCUUUGUUCGAUUCGGUGUGUCUGUGGUUGUCUGCCUGGAUUGUUCUCACUUUCAAGAGGGUUGGAAAGCAGGUGGCAGGUUCAUUUAGCCCAUGGGAAAAUUACUGUUUUGCAUUCACCAAAUACAACCCUACUUUAAGUUAAUGUAAAGAACUGCAACACGUUAUCUAAACACACUUCGACCGCUAUUGCAGAGGUACAUAAGAUAAUUGGGAUCUUACGCCUUUUGUUUGCUUAUAAGUUUGUGUGUAUUUGUGUAUUAUGAGUGUCGGCUGAAUCUGUAUUAUUAGUGCAGCGAAGAGGGAUCAAAUGCUGAUAUCAGACACAUUCUUCAUGAAAUUGUCCACUUUUUACACAAGAAAUGUUAUACCAGCAGCUAUUCUUAGAAGGAAAACUUUUUUCUGUAAUAUCAGUUCUGGUGUACACAAAAUUAGCUCUAAUUUCUGUAUAAAACGUCCAUAACAAAUUCAAGUACAAUUAUUCCUCGAAUAUGUUGAUCUUGUUUAAAGCCCAUCUUCGAACAAAAUAAUGUGAGAACUUGGAAAUGAAGUUGAAGUAUUAUUAUUUAAUGAAUUAAUUUAAUACACAUGACACUAGAUUACCUUCAUCAUCUGAUAAUGUUAGGAUUAAACUACAUAUUCUCAAAUGUUCUUCGAUUUAGCGUUACCGACCACAAUAUGUUUUCACAGUUCACUGUAUUAUUCCCAUCAGCAUGUUCUCAUCAGUCAUGGUAAGUGUAGAAAUCUCUGAAUGGCAGUUUGCACGUCAUUGGCGUAGAUUACAUUAAUGCCGAGUCUCCAGUGUAAACACUCCAUUUUGUAAGACAAUGUUUGAGCUGUUGAAAUUGAAUCUGUAGCCAGGAAACCAGUGCCUGGAGUUAAGAAAAGAAAUUAGUUGCAUCUUAAAAGGACGCAGGGAAACAUUUUUUCCAGUCUAAAAUACUUUUAAGCAUUCACGCUUCAUUUUCUCCUUGCGAAGCAUUGCUUGUAGUUCAUUUGAGAUGAUGUUUUAUUGGCCGUACAUGUGCCUGAAUGUCUUGGGAGCUCACUUUAAAAGCUCACUGUGGAGUGUUUAGCGUUUCAGAACAGUGCAAAGUAACCACAGAUGUAUUUCCUGCUACCCUUAUAAAGCUGUUUACAUCAUAGAACCAGCACAAUCGAAAAUGUGCACAUUUGAUUAUUUGUUCAUACAUUUCUGACGUUUUUUCCCCACUGCUUAAAUGUUUGUCUCCUUUUUUACUUUAUUUAUGCAAAAACAACAUAUGGCAUAUUAUUAUAUUGUUGCAAUGCAUGCUUGAAGCUCUAGUUCUCUGUACAACAUGCUGUUUAACUUACAACAUACUGUUAAUUGUGAGUAUGUAUUUCAUUUUUUUUUUUUUUUUUUCUGUUUUUGCUAUCUGCACACUUUCUGGUAGGUAUACCCAUGUCUUGAAGAUGCUGUUACUAUAAACUGGACUUUUAAGACCAAGUAGAUUUUGUCUAUAAUAGAACUAUUUUUGCUAAAUUGAUGCUGUAUUCUACAAAUAAAGUA